AUGGGCCUUGUAAUCUAUAUGCACCCAGCCUCGCAGCCAUCCCGCUCGGUCAGCAUCUUCCUCAAGUUGAACAUUGUCGAGUAUGAAGAGCGUAUUGUGGAUAUGAUGAAGGGUGAACACCGUCAGCCCGCAUUCAAAGAGGUGAACCCGCACGGCCUGGUGCCCGCUUUGGAUGAUAAUGGAUUCAAACUGAACGAGAGCCACGCCAUUCUCAAGUACGUCGUGGCAUCUCGCCCAUGCGACGAUUCAUGGUACCCACGUGAUGUGCAGAAGCGAGCACGAGUUGACGCGCUCUUGGACUGGCACCACACCAACACGCGCAGAAACACCGUGGGCAUAGUGUUCAACGAGGUGGUGGCAGCCAUGUUCGGCGUGCAGGGCGACAUGCACGUGGCAGCGCUGUCCCGCCGUGGGCUCCAGUCGUCGCUCUCUGCCUUGGAGAGCAUCAUGCUCGCACAGGCAAACCCUGACGACCCAGACGCGCCUAAGUUCCUGGACGGGAAUGCGCAACCCACCCUGGCUGACCUAUGCAUUGCAUGCGAGCUAACGCAGCUGGAGUUUUUGGGCCCGGAGGGCAAGGAGGUAUUGCUGGGCGAGCACAAGAAGGUGCGGGCAUGGCUGGAGGCAGUAAGGGCCGCGUGCAACCCAGUCUUUGAUCAAGUGCACGCACCUCUCAUGGGCAUGGCUGCACAGAUCGCUGCUGCCGCUGCUGGGAAGGCAGAUGGAGAGGCUGCCAAGGAUGGUGAAGCAGCCACUUCUGAUAGUGCAUAG